AUGGCAGAGGUGGUAACAGUGUGUGUCAACUCUCAAUGUGGAAAGCGCACAACAUGGUUCAGUCAACCCAACUUUCAUGGAACCAAAAUUGCAGCUGGUAACUUUCUUCUAAGCUAUGGAAUCAUUUUGGCUGGAACCUCUGCAACCAAGGUGUUCAGAGCAUUGAAACAUAUGGGGAUGACCUGCAUAUCGUUGACAACUUUCUUUAAAUAUCAACGG